AUCUCGGAGAUAUCCCAUCGCUGGGGAAUCGCCCAAUGUUACCGCCACCCGUACCGCCGGCUGCUCCGCUGCUCUCGGAAAAUUAUGCAAAGAGAAGAAUUGGGGCAAUCUUUUAAGCUCAAAAUUAACACUCUUUUAAGCAAGCUCGGCGACCGAGACACCUUCUCUCUCGCGGCUGCUGAGCUCGACUCCGUUGCUAGAAACCUGGAUGCCACGUCACUUCCGACUUUCCUUUCUUGUAUCCUCGCCGUCGAUUCCUCCGAUAAAAGCGGGGUCCGUAAGCAAUGCGUGAAACUCAUUACUUUUUUGGCGGUUACUUAUCCAAAUUCUCUCGCUCAUUUCCUCCACAAAAUUCUCUCUAAUCUCCUCCGCCGUCUGAGGGAUCCCAACUCCGCCGUCCGCUCUGCCUGCGUCGACGCCGUCUCGGCUCUCUCCGCCAACCUCACCAAAUGCAACUUCUCAUCUUCGUUUCUGAAGCCCUUGAGCGACGCGGUUUUCACGGAGCAAGAACCGAACGCGCAGAUCGGGGCGGCAUUGUGUUUGGCGGCCGCGAUCGAUGGAUCACCCGACCCGCAUCCGGUUAGGCUGGGGAAGAUGAUAACAAAGCUGGAGAAACUCGUGAAAUGUGAUGCUUGUAAGGCGAAGGCAGCAGUUUUGGUGGUGAUCGGGAGUGUGAUCAGAUCAGGUGGGGCGUCGAAUUUGGGUGAAAAGAUGAUGAAAGGAUUGGUGGGGUGUUUGAUCGGGUUCUUGAGUAGUGAGGACUGGGCAACGAGGAAGGCGGCGGCAGAGGCGCUUGGGAAGUUAGCAGUGGUUGAGAAAGAUUCAUUAGCUGAGUUCAAAACUGAUUGCAUCAAAAUCUUUGAGGCUAGAAAAUUUGAUAAGGUAAAGGCCGCCAGGGAGGUUAUGAGUCAGAUGUUAGAGGCCUGGAAGCAGAUUCCGGAUGUUUCAGAAGAGGCAUCACCACCGCCUCGAUCACGGUCUUCAUCGAGAGAGGAUGCAAGUGAUAGACACUGUUCGCCUGGUGCUAAAUUGUCUUCCAAUGCGGAUAUUGCAGUUAAGAAACCUUCUUUGACGAAAAGGUCAACUCCACCCGAUAGUUCCUUUGCAACCAAAGCUUGGAAGAGAACCAUUUUAAAGGAAACCGUUCAGAAAGUUAAUGGCAAGAAGCCCCUAGACUGGAGAGUUGAGUUUGCUAAUACUGUGACAGGGGUUCAUGAGGACGGUUUCAAGGAGAGGAGAAAUAAUGAGAAUCCGAGAUAUGCAAAGUCUCAAGUAAGGCGGUCCCUUUUCAGUAAUAAGAUUUCCAAUGACAAAACACAAAAAAUUGGUGGUUCAAAGUCUGGAUCUCGUGUUGCUCCUUGUCAAGAUGAAAUCCCAGAAUCUGCUGUUGCGGUUAGUAAUGCCUCUGAAAAUCUCUGUGCAAACCACAAAGACUGUGAGGAUUUAUCCUUGAUCCGCACCCAACUGGUUCAGAUAGAAAAGCAGCAAUCUAGCCUACUAGAUCUCCUGCAGAGAUUCAUUGGUAGCUCACAGACUGGAAUAAAUUCUCUAGAGACUCGCGUGCACGGUCUAGAACUGGCUUUGGAUGAGAUCUCAUAUAACUUGGCUGUCUCAACUGGGAGAAUGUCUACCUAGCGGGCUACUUGUUGCCUAUUUCCUGCUGCAGGGUUUUUGAGAUCCAAGUUCUGGAGGAAAACAGGGAUGAAUACAGAUGGUGGUCAAUACAAUACCUCUAUGGUUUCUACAUCCAUUGGCACCCAAUCCAUGGCUGCCACACGUUAUAGAGCUUACAGAAACUCCAAUGAAACAUCUGAGAACCAUAGGUUACGACUUCAUGGUGGCGGUGGAUUUAUUAUGAAUCCAUUGGCAGAAGUUCCUAGUGAUUCAAGGCAUGUCUCUGAGAUACCAUAUCAGUGACCACCCAAAGCAGUAGGGGACCUGGAAUUCAUAGAAAAUGCAAGGUUAUCAGUCAAUUGUGAUCAUUCACUUAUAUCUUCCAUAUUAUGAAGCAGCCAAUAGCAAUAUGCUUGCUUGAAUUCUCAGGCAGUUCGUUAUAAAUGCAACUCCGAGAGACGGUAAUUCACCUCCGAGAGUCUACCGUCUCAUAUCCUCCACAGAGAUCACGGGAAGGGUAUCAUCUAAUAAAUAUAGUGAAAAUGUCUAUGGGUUUUUAAAUGUUUUCGGAACACUUUAUAUUUCUUUUUCUACAUUUCUCCUUGGCUUUACAAAUCGUGUGAAAUCAUUAUAACUUUACACAAGUGAUGAGCAUCCAAUGUUGGUUGUUUGAUAAUAAUGAUGGGUGUGGGUGUCUGAUUAAGU